UAUUUUUAAACUAAAAUGACAAGUUUUUGUUUAAAAAAUGUUGAUGUUGAUCAGUUGAUGUUGUUCGUGUCGCCAUCUGCGACUUUCACCCGGAAUUCAUGCAUUAAUUAACAGUGUUAAGGGUAAAAAUAUGGCUUAAAAAGUUAAUCGCUGGUCCGUGCCACUUAUUUUUUAGUUCUGUAGUUUUUGGAAGAUUUUCCCUUAAGUUUUCACACCAACAACAGCGGUAUUUUUUACACUAGAUAGGGAAUAAAAUACGUAGAAUAAAUUAAAAUGUUGAUAUUUCAUGUGCUAUCGGUGCUAAUUUACGUGACAUCUGUUGUAACCAUAACUGUCAACGCGACGUCGAACGUUGAAGGAACUCCGUUACCUGCGUUAACAAAACUCUUUGGGACGUCACAGAUAAAAACGAAAGCUCCUGCGACACUAUUGACAGUAAGAAGAUCUAUCAGUAAUGAUGAGACUGGCAAUGUGCGAGGCUCUGAUACCCAGUCACAAACAACUGUCAAAGGUGGCCCUUUAACAAAUUUGUCAGACGUAAGGCAAGGUGAGGUAGCCUCAUCCAAGACUUCUGAGAAUGCGACUAUUGUGGCUGAAGGUGUAUCAUUGUCUGUCAAGAAGCUUGCAUCAACUUUUGAUAAAAACAUUUCUGAAGAAAAUGGAACCAGGUCAUCGGUAGUUCCUCGGAAAGGAGUGAGUUCAAAAAUAGCACCGAGAAAAGGUGUUGACUUUACUCAGGACAUAACUUACUCCGAUGGAACUGAAUUGACAAAUGAAGACUUACUGCUUAGGAGGACAUUCAACGUUAUUACAAACGCGACGCAUGAGUCUACGGUUGUAACCGAGCCAACUGCAUCUGUGAUCGAGAACACUAAGGUGAAAAAUUAUUUAAAUGAUACAUCACCAGUCUUUAAGAUAGAUAUACCUGGGAAUAAAAGUAUUCCAAAUGUUCUACUUGUUCCAUCGCAUCCAAAUAUUCCUAUCAAAGCUCAACCGAAGCCAAAACCAACUGUUACAAUCGGAGAAGACGACGAUGAUGAUCCUAUACCAGCGUCGGUCACAAAGACAAUGCCACUUGGCUUGCCGCGAAAAAUGGACUAUAUCGUACCCGUGGUGAUCACUGUUAUGGCAGUGCCGUUACUAGGUGUUGCUGCAUUUAUUUUAUACAGUCGAGGAAGAGACUGUUGGGACAAAAGGCACUACAGGCGAAUGGAUUUUCUGAUAGAUGGGAUGUACAAUGAUUAGGGAUGUUGUCUCAUAGGUUUUUGCAAACUAAAGUAAAUUGGUGGAGCAUAUCAAAAGAGCAGACUCAAACUGAAGCUAAAUUUUUUGUAUAUCUUCUAUCUGUGUGAGUCUAUCGAUUGAUUUUUUUUUGUACCAGAACUUGAAACCAUGUAUCAAACUUACCCACGCUGACAGCUCUGGAUUUUAAGAUUAAUUUUUUUUUAAUUAUAUGUCUUUAAAGUGCAAACUGAACAUUUUUUUUAUUCGUUAUUAUACUAGCAUAGAGCAAUGUGCGAACAAAGAGCAAGCAUCAGACACCUAAUUACGUAGGUAGAUUUAUUUCUCAUUAUGAAAUAAUCUGCUGCUUUAGCUUCUAUAACCGUAAUUAUACAAUUUUGGACAAUAAGACUUACCAUGCAGGUAUGUAUUUAUGUCUAUAAGGAUACUUUGAAGUAGGAUAGCUGCGAAUCGAUUUGGCAUGCCGCUCUAAGAUGAAUAGCCUAACAAGAAAAAGAAAUGGAGAGAAUAAUAUGAUAUAAUAUAUAAUUAUAGACACAGUAUUUUUGAACAUUUUUAUAUCAGAGUCAGAUAUUUAAUAAUUUCUAUCGUACAUCGACAAACUAUCUAUUGAUUGAUAAAGUUUUAAAACCACUUUUUGGUAAUCUCUGAGAUUGUUGCAAUAAUGGCAUCACUUGUUUACAAAAGUUAUUUCAAAGAUAGGAUUAGAGCCAAAGAAGUAUUUUAAUAGUCGCGCAAGCAUCUUUGGUUUAAUUACACAUAGGUCCACGGCACUGUUUCAUGCAAUUUCACAACUGCGUUUACAAGUUGUUUAAAAAACAUGAUCAAUUUGUACAUAAUUCUCCAGAGAUAGCAUACGUAUAUUCUAUAUUGCAUAUUACGCGCUGUUCGAUGAUGCUUUUGUGAAAUUGGUGCGUACAUGCUAUUUGGGAUUGAUAAAACUAUUACUUUUAAAAAGUCUAAACAAAUAUUUUUUGCAUCGUGAGUUCUUGAAGUCUAUAUUUUAUUGAAAAAUAAGUAUCAUUAAGCAAUAUAAUAAUUAUUUUUAUAUACUCAUGUAUAAAUGGAAGUUGUUAUUAAAUAUACAUAGAUAGUUAUACAUCGA